UCCAAAUGUUUUCGCUUUUUGCUUGAGUAUUUCUCAGUUCCAAAAUGACGCUUGUUAUCAAGGCAAAGUUUUGGUGAAUAAAUUAAUCCGCAAGUGGUCGACUUUGUCAGACAGAAAGUAUCGUUUGAAAAUGUCUUCGCUCAUCCUCAUCUUGAAUAUUCUACUGAUAGCGGUUCCUUCUGGGUUAGGUGGCUUUAUAAGAAAAUCAUCGGCAAAAGAGCGGUUUGCUUACAAUCAGAACUCUGAAGCGGGAAACCUGGUGCCAUUAGAAGAAGAGAAUAGUAACAUUCCACCUUAUUAUCUUCCCAAUAUUAUCCGGGUUCUAAUGAAACGCAGUAAAUUAAGAAGUGCAAGAAACGCCAGCGCCUUAGACAAAAUGUUUGAUUUUGGUUACAAAAGUCGCUAUUCAGCUGCCGACGACCUUGCGGCAGGUGCACUACUAAAUUACCAGUUGAAGAAAGCAGGGAGACGACGUCGUGACGUGAAACCGAUUCGUUUGUAUUUCAGGAAGUACAUGCCAUUACCUCAGCAAUUGUUUUAACAAGUGAUCAGACUGAUAUAGCGGCAGCUGACUAAAACUGUAUUUACAUCUUUAGUUUAUUUGUAAAAUGUUUUGAGCUGUUUCAUACCUAAUAAAAUUUGCUUCGAAAA